CAAAAUUAAAGGCUACGCCACGGUGCGAUGCGCCCCCUAAUUUAGCAGCAAGGUUUUGUUUACAGGGAUCUGUAGCAUUUAAUUUUCAGCAGUAGCUGCAGAACAUUGAAAUGGGCACUGUGCUAUCUACUCACCCGUUAUGGCACUGAACCCUUUUUUAUGUUUCUCCAAACACGUACCUCUCGGAACUUAGUUUUUCUCCCCUUUUCCAGGUGUCUGAUAAAGUUGGAUGGUAACAUCAUGCUUUGUCAGUAUGUGGCCAUUACUAGCAUGGUUUAUCCUCACAAUUCCUUAAAUGCAAGCUUUGGGUAAAAUCCAUACAACCAACUCCUGACUUUUGAAAGCUUCAUAAUAUUUAAAAAUCAAGUGUGUGGUGAUCACUUAAAAUGGGGAAUAGAUAUAUAAUUACACAAUGUAUGUGAAAUGUGUAGGCAGCAACAUUGGCUCCCAGAUCUCCUCAUUUCAACACAUUAGAUCACCUUAUUUCAACACAUAUAGAUAGGAUCCCAAUUACAAGAUCCUAUGACCUAGAAAAAACAUAAUCUGAUGCAUGCUGGGGAUGUUCUUAAGGCAUUAUGGGAGGGAACUUUUGCUGCAGUGUGAAAGAGCAUCUUCAACAUGGCAGCUGAGGUGCUUUCUUUGCUGGGAAAAGCUGGGAAGAGACUGGCAGGAUGGAGACUUCAGGAGUUAAUAACUCUCCAGAAGAAAAACGCUAUGGCAAAGAGAAUAAAAGCUAAGCCCACUUCAGACAAACCUGGAAGUCCAUAUCGCUCUGUCACGCACUUCGACUCGCUAGCUGUCAUAGACAUCCCUGGAGCAGACACUCUGGAUAAGUUAUUUGAUCAUGCUGUGUCCAAGUUUGGGAAGAAGGACAGCCUUGGGACCAGAGAGAUCCUAAGUGAAGAAAAUGAAAUGCAGCCAAAUGGAAAGGUUUUUAAGAAGUUAAUUCUUGGGACUUAUAAGUGGAUGAGCUAUCUCGAAGUGAACCGCAGAGUGAAUAAUUUUGGUAGUGGACUCACUGCAUUGGGACUAAAACCAAAGAACACUAUUGCCAUUUUCUGUGAGACCAGGGCCGAAUGGAUGAUUGCGGCACAGACCUGCUUUAAGUACAACUUCCCUCUUGUGACUUUAUAUGCCACGCUUGGCAAAGAAGCUGUAGUUCAUGGGUUAAAUGAAUCCGAGGCCACCUACCUGAUCACUAGCGUUGAACUUCUGGAAAGUAAACUUAAGACUGCACUGUUAGAUAUCAACUGUGUCAAACAUAUAAUUUAUGUGGACAAUAAGACUAUCAAUAAAGCAGAAUACCCUGAAGGAUUUGAGAUUCACAGCAUGCAAUCAGUAGAAGAGUUGGGAUCCAAGCCAGAAAACGCGAGCGUUCCUCCGAACAGACCAACUCCUUCGGACAUGGCUAUUGUCAUGUAUACCAGUGGUUCUACCGGCCGGCCCAAGGGAGUGAUGAUGCACCAUAGCAAUUUGAUAGCUGGAAUGACAGGCCAGUGUGAGAGGAUUCCUGGGCUGGGACCAAAGGACACUUACAUUGGCUACUUGCCUUUGGCUCAUGUGCUAGAACUGACAGCAGAGAUAUCCUGCUUUACCUACGGCUGUAGGAUUGGCUAUUCUUCUCCACUUACACUCUCUGACCAGUCCAGCAAAAUUAAAAAGGGAAGCAAAGGAGACUGUACUGUGCUGAAGCCGACACUCAUGGCGGCCGUUCCGGAAAUCAUGGACAGAAUUUAUAAGAAUGUUAUGAGCAAAGUCCAAGAGAUGAAUUAUAUUCAGAAAACACUGUUCAAGAUAGGGUAUGAUUACAAGUUGGAACAGAUCAAAAAGGGAUACGAUGCACCACUUUGCAAUAUGUUACUGUUUAAAAAGGUGAAGGCUUUGCUGGGAGGGAAUGUCCGCAUGAUGCUGUCUGGUGGAGCCCCGCUGUCUCCUCAGACACACCGAUUCAUGAAUGUCUGCUUCUGCUGCCCUGUGGGUCAGGGUUACGGACUGACAGAAUCAUGUGGUGCCGGCACAGUUACUGAAGUUACUGACUAUACUACGGGCAGAGUUGGAGCCCCUCUUAUUUGCUGUGAAAUUAAGCUAAAAGACUGGCAGGAAGGUGGCUACACAAUUCAUGACAAGCCAAACCCCAGAGGGGAAAUUGUAAUUGGUGGACAGAAUAUCUCCAUGGGGUAUUUUAAAAAUGAAGAGAAAACAGCAGAGGAUUACUCUGUGGAUGAAAAUGGCCAAAGGUGGUUUUGCACUGGAGAUAUUGGAGAAUUUCACCCUGAUGGAUGUUUACAGAUUAUAGAUCGGAAGAAAGAUCUGGUGAAGUUACAAGCAGGAGAAUAUGUAUCCCUUGGGAAAGUUGAAGCUGCAUUGAAGAACUGUCCACUAAUAGACAACAUCUGUGCUUUUGCCAAAAGUGAUCAGUCAUAUGUGAUUAGUUUUGUGGUUCCUAAUCAGAAAAGGUUGACACUUUUGGCACAACAGAAAGGAGUGGAAGGAACUUGGGUCGAUAUCUGCAAUAACCCUGCCAUGGAAGCUGAAAUACUGAAAGAAAUUAGAGAAGCUGCCAAUGCCAUGAAUCUGGAGCGAUUUGAAAUUCCUAUCAAGGUCCGCUUGAGUCCAGAGCCAUGGACCCCUGAAACCGGUUUGGUCACUGAUGCUUUCAAACUGAAGAGAAAGGAACUGAAGAACCAUUACCUCAAAGACAUUGAGCGAAUGUAUGGGGGCAAAUAAAAUGCUUCUCUGUCAUUUACAGGUGUGCGGGAGGUGGUCUGGUGGUUUUUCAGUUCUAGCGUUUUAAGCCUUAUUGAGCUGUCUGUUAGAAUGUAAGGGGCGUAUCAUCCUAAAGACAUGGUAAAAAAAAAAAAAAAAAGAAAGAAAGAAACCCAAAGUGAUUAAAAUAGUCACGGAGUCUACUUAGUUUUUGCCUAGUUCUCAUGAAGCUGAAAUCGAAAAGUUGUUUCCUGUUAGCUGUGUCAUUAAUUUUAGAGCAAAAAUUCUGUUUUUAAAAAUUAGCCUACCAUCUGCUUGCUCUCUUAAAGGAAAAUAUUGAAUGUUGAACAAAAUUAACUGGAGUUGGUGUAGAAUGUAGUUUGAGGAAAUUUGCAUCUUCCAAUGUCUACUGUCUUCCUAGUUCAGAAGAAGCUUAAAUAUUAAGUAUGACAAAAGAAAUAUGUACUAACACUACUUCAAAGCAGAAGUAUUGCAGGGCUUUAAAAUUCUCUUCCAACAAUUUAUCUUGAAGGCAAAAUUCAAUCAUAAUAUAAUCUACAGAAUCAAACUACCUUGGAAACCAUUUUAGGAUUCAUAAUUGUUGGCGUAGGUUAGACAUAGAAUCAUUGUAAUGUUGUGAAUAAUUACAGUGCCUGAAGUCUGAAUACAACAACAUUAAAUGCACCAAAAAUUACUUAGUGAUAUAUUUAAAGGGAAAUUGUUUUUUUUUCUUUUUUUGGAAACUCAGAGGUCUGAAAUCAGUAACUGUAAUUAUUGGAACGACUUAAGAGUAAAGUACAUUUUGAAGAAUGUCGAGAGCCGUCUUUCUAGGUUUGUUCAAAAGAAAGGACUGAGACCAUGGGUAAAAUGGUAAAAAGUGAAAUCGCAUUUUAACAGGAAGUAUUUUUAUUUUCUGUGUUCAAAAAGGUGAUGAAAUCCAUUAGAAUUACCACCUGGGAAAGGAUUUCAGUUCUGAAUUUAUCUUUGAUAACAGAGAUUGAUUUGAAAGUGUACUCAUAUUAAAUUAGCCUUGUAAUUUAA